AUGGAAAAGGAAAUCGGAAAGCUGCACAAGAUUUCCCACUUGUGGGUGCUGAGGGACUACUCCCGCCACAGAGCACGGCUGGGCUCCGGCCAAGCCGUCAAGAGCGGUGAAUUCACGGCGGGAGGCCACCACUGGGAGAUCGUUUUCUACCCCAACGGCAUCCGCCCAGAAACCCGGCGGCAAGGCUACGCGUCCUUGUACUUGUCCCUGAGGAGCGGCGGCCGCGUCCAGUUUUUGCACGGAUUGUACUUGUUGAAUGCCGACGGCGGCCAUCGAGGUAUCAGCUUGUUCAAGUUUCGCUCGGGGAUCGGGUGCCUCAGGCCCGGCCAGCUGUCUGGUCGAAGCGAAUUCAUCAAACGGUCCGUUCUCGAAUCAUCUGAUAAUGGUUACCUCAGGGAGGAUUGCCUGAGCUACGGCCGAGAUCAAUGCAAAUCCCUCAAAGAGAUAUGGUCAUCCUUGUUUAAGGGGGCGGUUCGGUGUAAGAAAUCUGCUUGUGCUGUCCUACGAAGGGAACUUUUGGCCAGCUCAAUUUCAUUUUCAUCUGCUCCUAAAGGGAAGCUAUUGGAAAGUGUCAUUUGGCGUCUGGGUGCAACUAAGUUGAAGCAACUAAGUUGAAGCACAAGAUGAAGGAUGGUUAGUGUAACUUGA